AUGUCGGAUUUGGCGGCUUUUUGGUUCAAAUUUUUCAUUGAUGCUGGAAUUCCGGCUUCAGAUGCUGGGUCCUAUGCCGUCUCAUUUACCGAAAAUCGAAUCUACAGCCACAUGAUCAUGGACUUGACGAAAGAAAAUUUGAAGGAGUUGGGAGUGAAUGCUCUUGGCGACACUAUUGCCAUUUUGAAACAUAUUGAAAUGUUCAAACUACAAGAAGCCAAGAACAAAGUAUUGCAAGGAUCAGAGUUUAUUAAAUCUCAGAAUGUUCUAAUGGCAACAAGGCUGUCAGCCAACAUAGCACCAACAACAAUAACACCAACAUCCAAAAUUGCAUCAUCCCACAUAACUACCACAACAGCAGCAGAAUAUUUUCAACAUCCUCUUCACAUCAUCAACAGCAACAAAGCAAUACCUCAAAAUCAUCAACAGCAACAACAUCCACAGUUGCAACAACCACAGUUGCAACAACCACAGUUGCAACAACCACAAGUGCAACAACCACAAGUGCAACAACAACAAAGUAACCCAUUAAAUAAAAUCCUGUCUGUGAAGCAAAACCUCAAACAACAACAACACCAUCAUCAUCAACAAUCUCUAACUACUAUUACUACUACUACUCCUACUGUUACUACUGAUACUAACAGCCUAAACAGUAAUAAUGCAAUUAAUAUCAGUAGUAAUGAACACAAAAUCACUCAAGCUAGAUUAACUAAAACCAAUAUGAUUAAAGAUAAAACCAAGGCCGUCACUCCUACGAUGAAUUCUACUAAAAUUAACAACAGUGCUAACAUCAGUAACAACAACAAGAGCAGUAGCAGUAGUAGUAAUAAGACUAAAACUGCUGACACACCUAGCAAGCAUAUUCAUAAUUUCCUCGAUGAUCUAAAGAACAUUAAUAAAGAAGACGGUAAGAAGUUAAGCAGUAAAAAUGGUUCAACAACAACAACAACAGCUUCCUCAAAUAGCUUGGGGUCUGUGUUCUCUAGACUGGGAAAGUCGAUGAGUGACAGUAAGAAUAAGUCAGAGAUUAAGACAUACAAGUCACCGAUUGUUGAAGAUAUAGAGAGAGAGCAUCCAGGAAUAUUCUCGAGGCUGGGCUGUAGAAAUCUCAGACCCACACAAACAUCAUCUCCAGCGACUUCAAAUAAAAAUAUGAAUUGUACUAAAAGCAAUGAUAACAACAACAACGAUGAUGAUGACGACGACGACGUUGGUGAAGAUGAUGAGAAUGAUUAUGAUGAGGGAGAUAAUGAGGAAGAGGAAAAUUAUCAUAUCUACGAGCGGGAUGAUGAAAACUUUGGGGAGGGUGAUGAAGAUGAUGAGAACUUUGUUAGUGAUGACGAAGACAAGGAUUAUAUAAUAAUGUCUGCAAUCAAUCAAUCUAGAUCUCACAACAAUCAAUCAGCCACCAGUCAGCCAUUGACAAUAUCAGCAGGCGUGUUGUCAUCUAAUUCGGUUCUUCCCGCCAGACAUAGGCCGCCAUCGCACGGGUUUUUCAGCCCCCAGACCCAAAAUGUUAACACAGAUAAUGUAGUUAAAGGGUCACUGGCAUCCAGGUUAGGCAAAAAAGUGAGUGAGUCUGUAGUAAAAGCAAAGGUUUUGAAUGCUAAAAAUGAGAAUAAUGGAGGUGGCGAUAUUGCAGAGGCCCUGGCUAUCGUCAGGAAAAAAACAGACCAUUCAUCGCCACUUAAUCGAUUGGUGAAAGCUGAACUCAAAACUAUUGAAAUCGAGAAAAAGCCAAAGAAGACCAAAUUGGUUGCAGUAUCAGAAGGUAUUUUCCAGAAGGCUGUUAGCAGCUUCACAAAGUUGAAUAGAAAUACUUCUAAUGUUACAGGCGGUAGAGCCACUACUGGCGAUAGUAAUAACAUCAGUACUGCUGCCAGUGUCAAUAAUAAUACUCAGCGUUGUAGUAACGUCGUUGCUAAAGUUGAUAACUUCGGUAAGACUCCCAUACUAUCUAGACUCGGGAAAAGAACGAUAACGAUGCCUCUUGAUGUCGUCUCAACUAAGAAGUCGGCCCGAGAAGGAAUGGUCUCUGGUGUAUUUGCAAGACUUGGCCAGAAAAAUUGACUGAAUAAAAUCGCUGAUUUAGUGAAUAAAAAGAUUGAUCAAUGAUUAAUAUAUUUAGUCUUACGUGUGUGAUAAAGUGCUUGUAUUUCUAAUUUACGUAAGCUUUGUCUCAUUUUUUGGUAUUGUUUUGUUUAUUGAUGGUCAUGUUUGUGUUACAGUUACCAUACAAGUUUGUAAAUCA